AUGGAUGACGUGACGUUACUUGAUCUUCUGGAGUGCCCCGUGUGCCUUGAAAAGCUCGAUGUCACCGCCAAAGUUCUCCCUUGCCAGCACACCUUCUGCAAGCCAUGUCUCCAGAGGAUUUUCAAGGCCCACAAGGAGCUGAGGUGCCCCGAGUGCAGGACCCUGGUGUUCUGCAGCAUCGAGGCGCUGCCGGCCAACCUGCUGCUCGUGCGCCUUCUGGACGGCGUGCGGGCCGGACAGGCCUCGGGGAGAGGAGGGUCCUUCCGCCGGCCCGGCGUGCUGACCCCGCAGGACGGCAGGAGGAGCAGGACUCACCCCAGAGGUCCGCAGUGCAGUCCUUUCCGGCUGAUGCCUAACGUCAGAAUCCACAUGGAUGGGGUGCCUCGAGCCAAGGCCUUAUGCAACUACCGAGGGCAGAACCCCGGUGACCUGAGGUUUAAUAAGGGAGAUGUCAUCCUCCUCCGAAGACAGCUGGAUGAGAACCUGUACCAGGGGGAGAUUAACGGAGUCAGUGGAGUCUUCCCAGCCAGCUCCGUGCAGGUCAUCAAGCAGCUGCCCCAGCCUCCCCCACUCUGCCGGGCCCUCUACAACUUUGACCUUCGAGACAAGGACGGGAGUGAGAACCAGGACUGCCUGACCUUCCUCAAGGAUGAUAUCAUCACUGUGAUCAGCCGAGUGGAUGAGAACUGGGCAGAAGGCAAGCUGGGAGAUAAAGUCGGUAUCUUCCCAAUCUUGUUUGUAGAGCCAAACCUCACCGCAAGACACCUCCUAGAGAAGAACAAAGGCCGUCCAUCGUCCCACACGAAAAACCUGUCCCUGGUGUCCUCCCCCUGCAGAGGCAAGGCAACCAACACGCCCACCCUCCGAAGGGGCCCGGGAUCCAGGAGGAAGGGGCCCGGCCAGUUCUCCAUCACAACAGCCUUGAACACCCUCAACAGGAUGGUGCAUUCUCCCUCGGGGCGCCACAUGGUGGAGAUCAGCACCCCAGUGCUCAUCAGCUCCAGCAACCCCUCUGUGAGCACCCAGCACGUGGAGAAAGCGGAUGCUUCCCCCAGCUCCGUGGGACAGGUCAGCACCUAUCACCCUGCACCUGCCUCCGCAGGACAUUCCACAGCCAUUGUCAGUCUUCCUGGCUCCCAGCAACACCUCUCAGCUAACAUGUUUGUAGCUCUGCACUCCUACUCAGCCCAUGGACCCGACGAACUGGACCUACAGAAGGGAGAGGGCAUCAGGGUCCUGGGCAAGUACCAGGACGGCUGGCUCAGGGGCGUCUCCUUGGUAACCGGGCGAGUCGGCAUCUUCCCCAACAACUACGUCAUCCCCAUUUUCAGAAAGACAUCUAGCGUUCCAGACUCCCGAAGUCCUGGUCUCUACACCACAUGGACGUUAUCCACCUCCUCUGUGUCCUCCCAAGGCAGUAUUUCAGAAAGUGAUCCCCGGCAGAGCCGGCCCUUCAAGUCCGUCUUCGUGCCCACGGCCAUAGUCAACCCUGUGCGGAGCCCAGCCAGCCUGGGGACCCUGGAGCAGGGCUCUCUCCGCAAAGGACGAGGUAGCAUGAGAAAGAAUGGAUCUCUGCAGAGACCCGUCCAGUCGGGGAUCCCCACCCUUGUGGUGGGCUCCUUCAGACGCAGCCCCACCAUGGUGGUCCAGCCUCAGCAGUUCCAGUUCUGCCAGCCACAGGGGGCCCCCUCCUCAGCCUCCACGGUGGUGGCAGAGCUGGGACCCAAGCCCGCUCCCACCGGGGAGCCUGCCCUCACAUGCGUCAGCAGGGGCAGCGACACCAGGAUCCACACGGCAGCCAGCUCCCUCAUCAUGGAAGGCAAAGAAAUCCCCAUCAAGAGUGAGCCUCUCCCCAAACCGCCUGCAUCUGCCCCACCCUCCAUCCUGGUGAAACCAGAAAACUCAAGAAGCAGCGAGAAGCAAGUCAAAACCGUGAGAUUUCAGAACUACAGCCCUCCUCCCGCCAAACACCACACCUCCGGGAAGCCUGAACAGCCAGCCAACCCAAAGGGGUCCCAGCCUGAGGCAGCCCCCGUGGGCCCGGAGAUGACCAUCCUGUUCGCCCACCGAAGCGGCUGCCACUCUGGACAGCAGACAGACCUCCGGAGGAAGUCAGCCUUUAGCAAAACCGUGACCCCGGCAUCCACUGCCUCAGCCACGCAGACCGCGUUUCCCAGCAAAUGA